AUGGAUGCUGAUUCCAUCAGAGACCGGGUUCUUCCCAAGAAUACCAAUGCUCCAUCAUUCAAGGUGAAGCUUUGUGACAGCGCUCUUAGACGACUCGUGCUCUGGAUGAACGACGACGUCCAUAAGGAGUCCAUGACUCGGCUCAGGAGUCUGUGGGAGGAGUGGAGGGCGUGGGUCUGCAAACUCUUCGAUCGCGAAUUUUCUUCGAAGUUGACGGACUCUUUGGAUGGGGGAGCUGCUUUCGAUCUCAAGGUGUCAGAGAGAAUCAGCGAGAGAGAUAUGUUCGUCCUGGACAUGGAGAAUCUUUACAGCUCCAUCGACGUGGAAUGCUCAUCGAAUCAGGUCCCAACAGAAUGA